AUGACAACCCGGCAACCAUCGGCCACAGGGCCUCCCACUUCAGCGGCCCAAAACACACCACCCGCGUCACCUGCGAUAUAUUUCAGCACAGAGGGGUCAGCCGAGAGCCUCGAGAAAGUCGAGGUAGUCCUCAAGCUGAGCAGCACUCCACCACCCCAACUGUCCCACUCGCCGGUGUACUUCGCAGAGAAGGAUGGAGAGGAGGAUGGUGGAUUUGCUCACAAUUUACUACCAAGCGACAGCUUCCUCCUUCGCAUUUCUGGUGCCGAUCCUUCUGUAGUUCAAGAUGCGGCAAUGAAUGCACUUUGUGGCCCCUACGAAAGCGACGGAGAUGAAGAGAUAAGUCGGCCGCGAGACAACAAUGAAGUACCCUCUGGAGGCCGCUCCCUAGAGGCCUUGGCACAGUCUUGGUUUAAAUGUUUUGAAGAUGUUGGUGGAGUUUCGAAACGAAAAUGCGAGGGGGAUGGGGAUGGGGAUGAUAAAGGAGCUUCAAAUGCCGCCAAGCGAAGACGAAACACCUGA